AUGCCCUCCGCAUUCAGUGACAAGUUUAGGCUCGUUGGAAAAUAACGAUACGAGAAAUUUAGCAAGUCAUAUUUGAGUUCAAUCGCAGCAAGGUUAUUCACACCAACAACAAUGAAGUUUGGACCUUCAGUGUUUUGUGUGGUUUUGUUGGAGGUUUCUAUGGUUUUGAUCCAACAAGUCAUACGGCAUCAACGGCAUUUUAGUCCGAAAAUUGUCAAAGAACCCAUAUUUCAUAUAAAUGACAAUGCCAGCUUUAUGAGCGAAGGGAGUAUUAUCCAACGAACCCAGGUCUGCUCAAAUUACAUGCAUUAUCUUAACAACUCAUUUCCCAAGAAACUUCACAAAAAUGAGCUUAAUUACCCUUUGGCAUUUGCCAUUUCCACUCACCAUCAAGUGGGAAUCUUGGAACUCUUUCUAGCUUUAUCUUUUCAUCCCAUGGACUCAUAUUGCAUUCACGUUGAUGCCAAAGCAAACAGCCAGGUACACAGUGCCGUGGCUCAUUUAGUGAAAUGCUACCAAUGGAAGUACUCAGGAGCGACCAUUUUUACAGUGAAGAAUCCAUUGGCAGUGUAUUGGGGACAUUAUUCGGUCCUUCAAGCGGAUCUUAAGUGUAUGCAACUUCUACGUUCAAAAAAUGUCCAGUGGCGAAUCCUCGUAAAUCCUGCAGCCACAGAAUUGCCAUUAAAGCCUAUUUCAAAUAUUCGAAAAUAUUUGAAAACCUUCCCUAAUGGUAUUAUUGAUUCCUUCUCGGUUCCAAAGGGCAAUAAGUACAGGUUUAACCUCUCAGUGGAAUUGCAACAAGCUGGCUCGAGCUUUUUUGACCGACGAAUAACCGUGACAGACAAAGUGAAAAACUUACCUCCCGCAAACAUCACCAUCAGAAAAGGGUCCAAAAAUGUGGCAUUACCAAGAGAGCUGGUCGAUUUCAUUUUGGAUUCUCAAUUUUCACAUGGGCUGUUAAAGUGGCUAGAAGACAGUCUUGUUCCAGACGAGCAUUUCUACUCCACCAUCAUGACCAUAUUGAAAAAUGGCACCCAAGAUUUGAACACUGAUUUCACUCAUGGUGGUUGCGUGAGAUUGAGUUGGUGGGGUCGUGGGAAUUGUAGUGGGAAAAAUAUACGAGGUGUUUGUAACUUCGGGUUGGGAGACUUGUCGGAACUUCAUAAAAAUCGUAAUUGUUUGUUUGCAAAUAAAUUCAACUUGCAAGUGGAUCCAUUGGCACCGUUAGUACACGCAAAAUACUUAAUUGACACGUAAAAGCAAAAUUGCAAGUUUUGUUAUUCCAUAUUAAACUCGAGGUUCGUUGUCCUGAGCCCAAUUCUUUACAUUAUUUUUCAUUCACUCUCACUGCCGAUCUGGGCCUGAUGAUCAGGCAUCCACCACAGACCAAGACCAAGAGUGUGCAAUCAAAGCAAGCCAGGCAGACUGCAGUAAAAAUUCCAUAACUUAACACAAAGGCACCCGAAGGUACGUAAAAAAGUAAAAGCAACAACAAAAGUAAUGCGCGUUGCUGCAAAUAUGUAGAAGUUAGUUUUUUUUGAUCAUGUCACACCUGCCAAAUAUCUUAAAAUGUUAUUAAUAGCAAAUACAAAUUUAUUGGUUUCAAUUAGAAUUUAUUGCAAUUAGAUAAUUUCAAAUGUUGUCAAUUAUAGUAACAAUAAACAGUUA